UCAAACCCUAAAAAUGUCAAAAAUAGUUGUGUUCCUUUUUUUACUUGUUGCAUUCUCCAAUCAACUCAUGGCUGUGGAAGAGAAUGCAGCAAAAGUCAGAGUCCUUGCCAUUGAUGGAGGAGGCAUUAAAGGGAUUCUCCCUGGGGUUAUCCUUGAACAACUUGAAGCUGACCUCCAGAAAAGGGACCCAAAUGCAAGAAUAGGAGAGUAUUUUGAUGUGGUUGCUGGGACAAGCACUGGAGGGCUUAUAACUGCACUUCUCACUGCCCCUGACCCUCAAAACAAGGACCGCCCUAUCUAUGCUGCUGAUGAAAUUGUCAAGUUUUACAAAGAGCAUGGUCCUUCCAUCUUCACUCCAAACAUCUAUUGCUACUGUACUGGGUUAUGUCCAGUGUUUGACGGGAAGUAUUUACGACAAGUAGCGGCCGAGAUGUUGGGUGAAACACUGAUAAACCAGACAGCCACAAAUGUUGUCAUUUCCGCCUUCGACAUCAAGCUUCUUCAGCCAACUAUAUUCUCAAGCUUCAAGAUAAAGGAUGUUCCUCACUUAAACGUCAAACUGUCCGACGCAUGUAUUGGAACCUCUGCAGCACCGCGAUCGUUUCCGCCCUAUUAUUUCAAGUACCAAAAUACUGAAUUUAAUCUCGUUGAUGGCCUUUUCAUUGCACCUAUGCCGGCAAAUCUUGCGAUCAAUGAGGUGUUACGACAAGAAGAAUACAAGAAUAGAGAAAUCAUUUUGCUAUCCAUUGGAACUGGAAAUACAAACACUACUUCCCCGGGCUUUGAUGCUAAUCGUACUUGGACUGUUACCGAUUGGGAGAAGAGCAAUUUAACUAUGAUUGAAGCUGCAUCUUCAACCAUGAAUGAAUAUCGCAUUAACUCAACCUUCAAACUUCAACCACAGAACUACCUUCGAAUUCAGGAAUACAAUUUAGAUCCAAGUAUUGGUUCGGCUGAUGCUUCAAAGGAAAACAUGGAUAAACUUGUACAGGCAGGACAGGAUUUGCUGAAUGAACCAGUUAAAAGGAUGAAUGUGGAUACUUUUGUUCCUGAGGAAACUGGUGAAGGUACCAAUGCUGAAGCUCUGGACAGGCUGGCUCAAAUUCUUUAUGAAGAGAAAGUUCGUCGUCUUGGAAAGAGAGCAUCGAAAUUGAAGAGAGGAUUCUUCGGUGCUCUUUCGGCCAUUUAUUGAAUCUGAUGCAGAAAUGCUAUUCUGAUAGCAUUUUAAAUAGUUAUGGGGUUUUAUGUUGCCAUUAUUGGCACUUUAAUAAAUAAAUAAAUAACGUACUAAAUAAAUAAAAAUAAAUGGAUAUGUAUUAUAAUAUCCCCUGCUUUGAUGU